AUGAAGCAUACCUUGUUGUCACGCCGUGGUCAUAAAGAGGGUGCUGGCGGAGCAGAUGAACACCAAGUAUGGGAAGUCAGUGCGAACCAGUGGGAUCCCUCGACAAACACUGAUGGCUACGUCUCGCUGGGCAUCGCCGAGAACUCCCUCUCACACGACGAACUCUCAGAAUUUCUCCGAAACAAGCCUCUCGUAGAUCCAUCCGCAAAAGCCUUCACGUAUCAGGACGGUCCAGCGGGAUCAAAAUCAGCCCGGAACGCCAUUGCGUUAUUCUUGGACACUUACUUUCAUCCUGUCCAACAAGUCCAAGCCGACCAUCUCAUGAUCACCAAUGGCGUCUCCUCUGCGAUAGAACACUGCGCAUGGGCCUUGGGCGACCCAGGCGAUGGCAUACUAUUAGGCCGUCCGUAUUACCGCGCCUUCUUACCAGACAUUCAAUUGCGAUUUGGCGUAAAUGUGGUUCCAGUCGCGUUUGGGGACAUAGAUCCAUGUGGUCAAGACUGUGUGGCUGAGUAUGAAAAGGCGUUGCUGAAGUCGAGCACUGAAGGAGUCAGAAUACGCGCACUCCUGCUAUGUCACCCGCAUAAUCCGCUGGGCCGGUGCUAUUCGAAGACCACAAUCAUGGAAUUGAUGCGACUGUGUCAAAAGUAUCACAUCCAUUUAAUCAAUGACGAGAUCUACGCGCUUUCAGUUUGGGAGAAUACAGUCGACAAGCUGGAGACUCCGCCUACCCCUUUCGAAUCAGCUCUCUCAAUUGAUACCAAGGAUAUCAUCGACCCAGCACUUGUACAUGUUCUUUGGGGCUUUUCUAAAGACUUCGGAGCGAACGGAGUUAGGAUCGGCGUCAUUGCCUCGCAAAACAACAAGCCAUUUCUUACAGCUUGUCGGACUGCCUCCAUAUACUCAUCACCUUCCUCGUUAGCCGAAAAUGCAGCUGUUGCUAUUCUGGCAGACUUCGGUUUCCUAGCCUCUUAUAUCAAGACCAAUCAGAAGCGCAUGUCCGCCGCGUACGCUCAUGCUGUCGACCUGCUCCGGAAGCACGACAUUGAGUAUACGCCAGGGGCGAACGCAGCGUUCUUUCUAUGGAUUAAUCUAGGAAAGAAGUACUUGGAAGCCUUGGGUGGAGCAGCUCGCGGCAAGUCAAUGGGAUCGAUUACGAACGAGAUCUUCCAGCGGCUCAUGAAGAAGAAGGUGUUCCUUGUUUUGGGUGAUGUAGCUGGCGCUGAACAGCCGGGUUGGUUUAGGAUGGUGUUCACGCAACCUUCAAGGUCUGUGGAGGAAGGUGUUAGCAGGAUAUCUGAGGCUUUGAGAAGCGCAUGA